CCACAUCUUCGAAGAAGAAGAAGAAGAAGAGGACGAAGACAUCACUUCUGUCAUGUAAUCAUGACCAAGGUUAUCGCGAAGACACUGCCUAAAAACGUGGGCUUUAUUUGACAAAUACAGAGUGUCAUCUUAACUCGCCCAGGUCGCGAUGAGCGUCCCGUGUUUCUUGUCGUCCGCUACCCGAAGCCUCAGCCUUCCGUGCCCGGCCGUCGGUGUGCUCCGCUGCCGGCUGCGGGGCCCCAGCUCCCUCACAAGAAAUAUGUCCUCCAAAAGGCAAAUGGACCAUCUGGAGAGAACAGCGAGCAACUCCAGACAAGAUGCUGUGUAUCCAGCUCAAGUAUGUGGCAUCAUGAACGAGUCAGAGAUGGUGAAACGGUUGAGAAUAGCUGUCCAUCCAGACUUCAGCUUCAAAGCAGGACAGUGGGUGGAUUUCUUCAUCCCCGGUGUGGAGAAAGUGGGAGGCUUCUCCAUGUGCUCGAGCCCGGGUUUGCUGCAGAGGGAGGGCAUCGUUGAACUCGCCAUUAAAUACAGCAAACACCCCCCAGCACACUGGGUCCACACCAUGUGUACAGUGGGCUCACAGGUUGCCAUGCGUGUCGGCGGGGACUUCUACUUCGCCCCGUCGCCCUCUGACCCCUCCGUGGAUCUGCUGCUGGUGGCCGGCGGCGUAGGGAUCAACCCUUUGUACUCUAUCCUGCUGCACACCGCAGAUCUGCUGCAUGUUAACCGUGCUUCUGGUGGCCGGGACUACAACAUCGGCUCUGCCCACCUCUGCUACAGCGCCAAGAACACUCAGGAACUGCUCUUUAAGAGUUCCAUCAUCGAAGCGUGUCGGGAGUUCCCUGACAAGUUCUCCUGUGACCUCCACGUCACGCAACAGAGCACAGACGCUGACCCGCAUCUCCAACCGUUUCUCACCCGCGGGAGAAUCACAGAGGAGGAGUUGCGGGCCCAUGUGGACCCACAGAGGACUUUGUGCUUCCUGUGCGGGCCCCCGCCCAUGAUCGAAGCAAUAUCAAAAACCCUCAUGGACUUCGGCCUCCCGAAAGACAGAAUCCUUUUCGAGAAGUGGUGGUGAACCUUAACGAUUCCCAGAAACCUGCGUGGUUGUCCUCCCGGCUUGUGCUGGUUCUGGCAGUCUUCAAAGGGAAGAUGAGGGUGUGGUGAGAAUGGAGAGCAACUGAAAUAUUCCAUUCCACUAAUUUGGACUUUAUCAAAAGCAAUGACUUUUAUUUCUUGUAAUCUAAAAUGGAUAGCUGAGCUGACCAUAACUUCUCAACUUUGGCAACACUGCUCAGCUUGCUGCCUCGCUGAAUGGGCAAUUCUUUGCGUACAAUAGACACAUUGUGACACAGAUGUCACACAACUAAUCAAUUCUCAUUAUCAGUCUGUAUCUGACUGAGGUUCUGCUUUAAGUUCAUCACCGAUGCUUAGUUUUUCUCCAAAUAAGGUUUACGCGUUAAUUUAUCUAUGCAAGCGUGCCUGAAAGCAAUAAUUUGACACUCUUUGGAACUUAUUUGCUUCCUUGACAGAAGUUAAAUGCAAAGAACAAUACCACUUUUCCAUCUGUUUGCUCAACAUUAAGCUGCAGCCUGUAGCCGAUUAGCUUAGCGUAAAGACUGAAAACAGAAAACAGCUAGCCUGCCUCUGUCCAAAGGUAACAAAACUCACCUACCAGCAUCUCUGAAAUGUGAAAACAACAUUUUGUGGUAUUAUGGAGGGGGGUUAUGUGCUUAACUUUUUCCAGGGAGUAACUGCACCCUUACAGUAAAUAGUCCAGUACACAAGCCCCUACAAAACUGCAACUUGUUUUUACAGGUUGGGUUUUGUAUGGAUGACACAAACAAGACAUGAUGUGUUAAACCAUCAGCUUUAGGCAGAUUUUCUAUACUUCAAGAAGAGCCAGCUAGCUGUUUCCCCUCCUGGACAGAUGCGAGUGUGGUACUGAUCUUUUCACCUAACUUUAAACAGAAAGCGAUUAAACAUAUUUCCCAAAAUGUCAAACUAUUGCUUUUAAGUCCAAAGGAUAUAAAGUAUCAGUGCAAACAAUAGCAGUCUGUACUGUUAAUUUAAACUGUACAUAAGUGUUUUAAGGAGUGACUCAUGUUCCUCUAUGAAAAUACCUCUGCUAAUUUGAUGGAAUAUGAUCUUAGAUGUUUAUCUUUACUCAGUGAAGUAAUGCCAAGCUAUGUAUUUGCAGAACUGAAGAUUUUAGAGUUGUUUGCCCGAUGAGUUUUGAGUUACAGUGGAGUGAAUUUUUCACAUGUUACUCACAUGCAAUCUUUACACCGUGUAUUCUUAGGGUCAGAAUGCUAACUAUCUCCCACUUAUUGGCCAGUUUUACUGACUCUCACACUGUUACAUGCAUACACAGUGCCUAUCUCACAAACACACUUCUACAUACCCAUAAACGGUUUCUUCUCCUGGGGUGGAGUGGGGAUCCCAUGGUGCACUGUAAUGGAACCUCCAGGUGGUCUCUGAUUGCCUCGGAUCACUGAACAUCCCUCGGAGAUGGUUGCAAGCUUCUUGUUGUCGUCUCCCAGUGGGGGGUUGCGAAGUCGAGACUCAUUUUCGAGUUGUUUGUGCGUUUCUUCCUCAUAUGAGGAAAACUGUUUAUGCUGGCAACGUGAAAUUUAAAAGAAAUAAAGGAAAUUG